AUGUCGAAGCUAGCUUCGCACCCGCGUCUCCACCUGGCCCCGAAGACGAGUGCGGGGCGCUCGUUCGCAUACUCUCGGCGACGCUCACUAGCACAUCCGCGUCAUGGCAUCUUGAAAGAGCCCUGGCUCCCCUCACCGUCACUGAGGACACUCCCUACAGCAUACUUUUCGCCAACUCGGGUACGCAGGGGAUUUGACGGAUUGAACGAGGGCCCGCAGAACGAUCACAAGCCGCCGGAUGAACGAAUACUGAAGCUCGGAAAGACUCUACGAACCCUCUCCCCUCUCCUCCCAACAAUCCUGUACAACACUCUCCCAUCGGAGAUUCUCGCGCCGAGCGUCAACCUCCACCUCUUCCCCUCAACACACCAACACCUUCCCACCGUCAAGGGUCGCACACUGUACCGCGCAGCACUAUGGACUGUUCCCGUCGCAUGGAGCAGUGUCCCCUUAGUAGGAAACGUCAAGCUCCAGAUCCUGAGUGAGCGGAUCGUACGAGCGGGGACGAUCCUCGAGUCGGAAAACAGGGACCAGCCCGACUGCGGCGACGAGCGACUAGUCGUACGAUGGAAAACGGAGCCACGCACAGAUAGCCGGCCCUUCCACGAUACACCGACCUCAGGCGGCGCGAACACACGGACCGCAGGAACAGAUAAGCACCAUCUCUCGUCCUCGACGAACGGAACAAAUAAGGGCCUGAGCGUGCUUCUCGGCGGCGAAGAGCCUAUUUUCAAACUUUCGAAGGAAGAGCAGUUCAGCGGACUGUUUAUCUUUUCCUUUGACGAGGAGGGUCGCAUCUUGACGCAUACGAUUGAGCAUGCGGACGAAGCGGACGGAUGGGACCGUACAUCCAAGUUCGUGACGCUGACUGACUGGCUUAUUGGGAAGGCGCGCGGGUCGCUUGAUCCCGCGCCGAGUCCUGGGCUAAUUAUGGGUUCGUGUGAGAGCUACGACUUGCCGUCGAGUGAUACAGGAUAUCGGCGGUCAUGA